UUAUCAAUUUUAAUUUCCUUCAGUUGAAAUAUGAAUUGCUUAAUAUAUAGAAUAAGCCAGCAAUGGAAAACAAAAAUUCCAAUUGGACUUCCCUCCCAUUUAAAGGAUGUAUUUCCACUGAGCUCAGAAUGGGUUAAAGGGGUAGGUAGGUGGGUGGGCUAUGGACCAAGAGCAUAUGUAGCAUUGCUGGUAUAAGGUCGGCAUUCUUUCUUAAGCUUUUACUGGAGGAACGGUUGAUCCAUAAAUUUCUCUGAUGUUUGCGAAGUCAAGUUAAAUUGCCUGAAAUUCUGGUUUUGCAAAAGAAAUUUUCUCGGGUUUCUCCCAUGAUCAUUGGACAAUCUCUCUACCUUUGUACCCUAGGGGGGGUAGUGUACUGGCAACCACCUGCACAAGCACUGAAUAAGGUGAAAGAAAUUAUCUGGGAACCUUCAGUUAGUCGCUAUGGUGCCGAUGAGGGGCUUCCUGAGCUCAGGGAGGCAUUGACGAAAAAGUUGGGGCGUGAAAAUAGCUUACAUAAAUCGUCAGUUAUGGUUACUGCUGGCGCAAAUCAGGCUUUUGUAAACGUCGUUCUCACACUGUGUGAUGCUGGCGAUUCAGUCAUUAUGUUUGCACCAUACUAUUUCAAUGCAUACAUGUCGUUCCAGAUGACAGGUGUUACCGAUAUUCUGGUGGGUCCUGGUGAUGCAAAGACACUUCAUCCGGAUGCAGACUGGUUGGAGAGUACUCUAAAGAACACUGUACCAACCCCAAAGCUUGUGACUGUUGUUAAUCCGGGGAAUCCAUCAGGAACAUAUAUGCCUGAGUCCCUUCUUAAGAGGAUAUCUGAUAUUUGUAAAGAGGCGGGAUGUUGGCUCGUAAUUGAUAAUACUUAUGAGUAUUUCAUGUAUGAUGAUCGCAAACAUGUUUGCAUAGAAGGAAACCACAUAGUCAACAUCUUUUCCUUCUCUAAAGCUUAUGGGAUGAUGGGAUGGAGAGUUGGAUAUAUAGCAUACCCAUCGGAAGUGGAGGGGCUCGCAGCUCAACUCCUAAAAGUUCAGGACAACAUACCUAUUUGUGCUUCUAUAAUCUCUCAACGACUCGCUCUUUACUCGAUGGAAAUGGGACCAGAGUGGGUAACUGAUCAAGUAAAAGACCUUGUCAAGAACAGAGAGCUACUCCUAGAAGCUUUAUCUCCUUUGGGAGAUGGAGCUGUUAAAGGGGGAGAAGGUGCCAUUUACCUGUGGGCAAAGCUUCCAGAUAAAUACGAGAACGACUUCGAAGUAGUUCACUGGCUAGCUAAGAGGCAUGGAAUAGUCCUGAUACCCGGAAGUUCCAGCGGUUGUCCAGGUCAUGUUAGGAUCUCCUUCGGAGGAUUGAUCGAAAAAGACUGCCGGGUAGCUGCCGAAAGGCUCAGAAAAGGUUUGGAAGAACUGGUAAAUAGUGGAAUGGUUUCAUGAUUUUCUCGAGUAAAAAUUAGUAUCAGCUUGUUCUCCUGGACACCAGUCAUCAACAACACAGGAAAAGACACUUUUAAUCCUUAAUAAUUGAAAGGGGUUUUCAGCUUUGCAACUUGA